GUACAACAGCAAAAUAUGAUAAGCCGUGCGAUAAGCGAUUAUUGCACGUAUUUAAACGCGGAUCGCCCGAAAUAUCGUCAGACUUCGAGUAGUCCUCCAGCAGUAAUAGCAACGCGGUUUUUGAGUGCGACACAAGCCAAGAUGACGGCGUACAAAUACAUAAUCGGCCUGACCGUUCUGCUCGCCGUUCUGUUAACCGUCAACUCUGUACCCGCUAAUGGAGCUCUCGACACCUAUGCUGAUAAGUCACACCAUUUGGUCGUUGGCUCCAGGAUGCCCGGCGAUAGGGUCGUCCUCAGAGAGAACAUCGUCAAGGAUUCUAGCUGGCUGAGGGUUGUGACUGUUGAGAAGACCCUCUAUGCCGCAGCGAACGAACGUAUCACUAUGGUUGAAGCAUUGGACCAGAAGACGAAUGGAAACGGCGCGUACGCUAGUAUUCUGAAUGGUGGACCUGGACACAACAACGUCACCAUGAAGUUCAAGAGCCAGAGGGGUCAUGGCAUUAACUUCAUCGUUCAGUUGUAUGCACGAUAAUCGACCGCAGUGGAAGUAGCUACUCCUAUUGGUGAUUUUUAAAUGCAACUGAGAUGAAAAUGUAAAAUAAUCAAUCUUAGAAGUCAAAAUCAACCCUGAACUAUUUAUUGCAAUACUGUCACCAUUGCUGCUGAAGGCAUGUCACUGAAUAUUCUUGUUAUUCACUUUAAUUAUUUGAAUGUAUACUGAAUAUUCUUGUAUACAUCAUUAAUAAAUCAAUGUAACUGAUGUAA